AUGGCAGCUAAAUCACCAGUCAUUCUCAUUCUUGGCUACGGCGCCAAUAUCGGCAAAUCCGUCGCAACGAAGUUCAGCUCUCAGGGAUACAAAGUCGCUGUGGCUGCACGUUCAAUCAAAGAAGACGACACUGAGACCUUCCUCAACAUUCCCAGUGACUUCUCCAAAACGGAUAGCAUCACCAAUGCGUUCGAACAAGUCAAACAGAAAUUCGGUAUUCCUAGUGUAGUCGUCUACAAUGCAAGCGCAGCAAAUUUCAGCCCCAAGGAUGAGCCCUUCGAUCUCUCCCUCGAAGACCUCGACACCAACCUGACAAUCAACAUCCGAAGCCCCUUCAUCGCAUUCCAACAAGCAAUAGCAGGCUUCAAAGAACUUACCGAAUCUGCAUCACGAACAUUCAUCUACACAGGCAACAUCCUCAACGUCUCCAUGAUCCCAGGCUUCUUGGCAGCGGGAAUUGGCAAAUCAGGUGCCGCGUACAUGACGUGGACUGCUUCCGAGGCUUACAAAAGCCGCGGAUUUAAGUUUUAUUACGCCGAUGAACGUAAACCUGAUGGUGGACCUAUUUAUCGCGUGAACGGAGACGCGCAUGGGGAUUUGUACUGGGAGUUGAGUCAGGGUAAGGAACAGGGUCCUUGGAUGCAGAGUUUUGUCAAGGGGAUUGGAUACAAGGCUUUUGAUACUAUCUACGAAGGAUGA